UCCCCGUUCACAAUCAUUCCCUGAAUCCUUUCUCGUUCUUCCAAGGGGAUCGUACGACCCGAACGCCUCGGUCCGGCCCCUUUUUGUUUUUUGCCUUCCCCCUCCUUCCACCUGUCUUUUUGCCUCGGUUCUCCUCUCUCGUCCCCUGUCCUCUUCGCUCGCCUCUCCUCGUGGUGGUGCUCUCUCCCGCUCUCACUCUCCGGUUCUCCCUGGCUCCAAAGGCUUUGGGGAUUCGUGAUGGACAUUGGAAUCUCGGAAGUGGGAUGGAGGCUCGCUGGAGUUUCCCUCUGCGAUCCUGAGUGAAGAGCUAGGGUUUGGGAGAUUGGAUUGUUGUGAUUUGGCAUAUCUGGGAGGAAGAUGCAUUCUUGGAGUGGAAUUAGAAUUUAUUGAUACUGUUCCUUCAUAGGAUUCCGUACGGUUGAUAGAUUUGAGGAAUAAGCGAAAGGGAAAAAGGGAUUACUUCUGGGGAGCUCUCUUUAACUUUUUGUUGGUAUCUCUUCUGUCGGUGGGGGAUUUGAUGGGGAAUAACAUAAGGAGGAGGAGGCAGAUGGUGGAUGAGAAGUACACGAGGCCGCAGGGGAUGUAUCGACAUAGGGAGAUCGAUUAUAAGAAGCUGAGGAAGCUCAUUCUUGAGUCCAAGUUGGCGCCUUGCUACCCAGGCCUCGAGGAGUAUGCUUACGAUCUCGAAGAGUGUCCCAUCUGCUUUCUGUAUUACCCAAGUCUUAACCGCUCAAGGUGUUGCAUGAAGGGCAUAUGCACAGAUUUCUGGAUUGUCUGUAUCCAUGUCUUUUUCGUUCCAUCUCUCGAGCUGGAUUCUUCUGCAGAGUGCUUUCUUCAGAUGAAACCACCACAUUCAACUCGCCCAUCACAAUGCCCCUUCUGUAAAACUUCAAAUUAUGCGGUGGAAUACCAUGGUGCAAAGACGAAAGAGGAAAAGGGCAUGGAGCAAGUCGAAGAGCAGAAGGUUAUAGAAGCACAGAUAAGGAUUCGACAGCAAGAGUUGCAAGAUGAAGCAGAAAGGAUGAAGAAGAGACAAAACUUAAGUUCAUCAAGCAGAACAAUGACUCCAACAGAUGUGGGACACCAUGAUAUAAGUAAUACUUCAACUUCAGUGCCAUCUAUGAAAUGCUCAAUACAAUCGAGUGAUCUUGGUUCACGUCAAGCCUCAUGCUCUGCACCGGCUAGCACACGCCCUUCACAGUUAAGGCAGAAUAGGGAUAAUAACUUGGACCUGGAUCUUGAGGAUGUAAUGGUCAUGGAAGCAAUUUGGCUCUCAAUUCAGGAGCAGGGAUCUCAAGGGAAUCCAAGUUGUGUUGGCAGCUAUUUGCCUAGACCAUCCACCUCAGGAGAAUGGCACAGUUCCCAUGGAACAGCUCCUAUGAGACCAUCGUCGUCUGGUGGGUUGGCUUGUGCUGCUGCAGCCUUGGCCGAACGUCAGCAUAUGCAUGGCAAUUCUGCUGUUCAUAUGGCUAUCGAUAAUGCUGCAGCUUGUGAUAUGCUCCAGCGGUCGGGCAGCUCAUCUCCUGGAAUUACAAGGUUUGUACACGAUAAUCCUUCAGGGCGCUGGACCGAGAUAUCACCCGACAAUGGGAGGGAAGUACAUGGCCAGGAGUUUGGUGAGUGUUUGGCCGACCACCAGUCAGAGGUGGCUGAAGCAGGAACCAGCUAUAACGUCGAAACAGGGGCUAUGACAGGUCCACUCUCAGAAGGUGUAAGCAUCCCUCCAGGACAUUUUGUUCCGGAAAGCUUUGAAGAGCAAAUGAUGCUGGCCAUGGCUGUUUCACUAGCAGAGGCUCGAGCGAGAAUGAGCAACCAUGGAGUCAGCUUGCUAUAGUUGUUAGCUAGCGGUCGGCAGUCAUGACCAGCAUCCUGCUUCAUAUGCUUUGGCAUUUGUUUUGGGCCCUUCUGCAUUUGUUUUUCUUUAUAUUGGCUGUUGUUUUGUCCCUUCAUUGCUGGUUGUUUUCUUAUAUACAUGUGCUAAGACAAGGGAAAAAAGAAAGAAAGCAAGAUGUGGUGGUAAACCUUUAGUGGACUGCAGUCCAGUGUUCAUUCAGGUCCAAUUGGAUGAAGGGCUGUGCCAUUUAUUUGUCUCUCGUUACAUGAAGUUGAGCUUCGAUGAAGCAAUGUGCAGCGGGCCAUCUCCAACAGCUGGGAGAGGGCUCUUUGUACAUGGUAAUAAUAAUUUGGAGGAUGAAGGUGGAAGUUUGUGUUGUACAUAGGAACAUGAAUUCAACAUUUAUUUGUA